GGGCCGGGCCGGGCCGCCGGGCCGGGCGCAGUCAGAGUCAAGCCGCCCUCCCCGCGCGUGUGCUCGGCGGUGCGUGCGCCGGCGUUGGUGACGUCUAGUUGUCUAGUGCGUGUCAGUGACGGACGGCGGCAUGGGCAGUGAACAGGAGGACGGCCGUGCUCCUGCUCCCGGCGAGCCGGAGGACAAGGUGCCCGUCAAACGAGAGACACCAGAGGCCGGCGGCGAGGUUUGGCUAGACAAACGGCGCGAGCUUCGCGACGGCCUCGCGGACGCCGACGACGGCGGCCUCCGCCCGAUCACCGUACGUGAGGAUUGCCAUCAUGACAAGGUGUGGGCUGGCGUCGUCAACAACUGGUUCAACGACACCCGGCUGACCGGCGUCGACGAGGACGGCGCCCGCGACGGCCCCAUGGAGGUGCACGCGGCCGCGGAGGGCCCCCACCGCACCAUGGCCGCCGUGGAGGUAGCCCCCCUCAUCGCCGAGCAGCCCCUGCCUGGUGACUACACCGACGAGUACGGCGCCGUGUACAGGACCGUGCCCAAGGACGGCAACUGCGUCUUCCGCGCGCUCGCGGAGCGACUGUUCGACGGCGAGAAGCACCACCCGGUGGUGCGCCACGGCGUCGCGAGCCAUGUCGUCGACAACUGGCCGGGCUACGCCCCGCUGACGCGCUUCACCGACCCGGACACGUACCUCCGGUUCAUGGAGCUGGAGGGCUCGCCCGGCGGCGCGACGGAGUUGCGUGCGGCCGCCGAGGCCUUCUACCGCACCGUGGCCGUCGUACACGACGGCGUGCUCGAGGUGGUCGCCCUGAGGAACGACGCCGACCCCAUCGUCCUGCGCCGGACAGGAGCGCCGCCCACGGUGCUCUACGACCCGUGCGUCACCCUGCCGGCCGGCGGCUGGAAGGGCGGCGAAGACGACUUAGCCAAGCUGGACUCCAGUAAAAAUCAGGUAACACCGGCCCUGGCUGAUGCGAACUCUGAGCGCGCGCAGCUAAACGAGGAGGUGUAUGACGACAACUCGCGCGGAUGCACUUCCGACUCUGAAGGCAGCCUGAGCCUGAGCGAGGCUGCCGAGCAUCACGAUGUCGGGGGAGAUGUGGCUGCACGGCGGCGAGGUGCCAGGCGCGCCGCCAAACUACUGGCGAGGGAAAGGCUGAGGGAACUGCGAGACUUUGAGCAGUUCGCGGACCCGCCAGGCAGAGCUGAGAUCGGCGAGUCGCCGGAGGGGCGGGCGGACGAACCGGAAACGGAUGGCCUGGAAACACACACGGUCUGGAUAGCAGAGGAAAUCGACUUGGUUGACAUUGCCGAGGAGCAAGAGCUGACGGACCAGUUGUCGGUGGGGCUCGACGAAGCCAAGGACAUGUUGUCAGAGGGGUCGGACGAUGAUUGUUGCAUCUUGGAAGACGCAGGCAGUGUCUCUCAGAGCAGCGGUCCCGCCCAGCAGCUCCCGCCUGGUACCCACAUUGACGAGUACGGCGCCCGGUACAAGGCCGUGCGCAAGGACAGCAACUGCGUCUUCCGUGCGCUCGCGGACCGGCUGUUGGGCGGGGAGGAGCACCACCAGCAGGUGAGGUGCGCCGUCGUCAACCACGUCCUCAAGUACUGGACGCCCGCGUACAGGCGGCUGACGAGCUUCCCCGACCCGGACGCCUACCGCCGCCACAUGAUGCUGACCGGCAGGGGCGACGCCGUGGAGGCGCGCGCGGCCGCGGAGGCCUUCAACCGCACCGUGGCCGUCGUGCAGGACGGCGUGCUCCGCCAAGUCACCUUGUGCCGCGGCCCCGACCCCAUCGUCCUGCGGAGGGCCGGGCAGGUGGGCGCGGAGCACUACGACGUGUGCGUCAGUCUGCCACCAAGGGGCUGGCAUGGCGGCCGAGCCGACCUCAGGCGAGUGUGGAAGCAGCCCGUCGAAAUUCCCGUAGAUCUAGUCUCAGACUCAGACAGUGACGAUGACGAUGUGGAGGAACCGCACGGGGUGUUCGGAAUAGGCCCCGACGUCUUGCUCGCCAACAACAGGGAGACGGCCUCUCAACCUCCCAGACGCUCCAGACCGCCCAGGGCAAGCCCUCCUCUGCCAUUCGUGGCAGAGAGCGCCGACACGGCUAAAACACAAAGUACUUUAGUAUGUACUUUGUGGGCUAAAAUUCAGCAAGAGAUUCAGCGCGAGCGUUCGGCUAGGCUGAGAGGAGCGCCCCCGGUCAGGAACCGCUGGGGUCGGCCGUGGGAGACUCCAGAGCAACGCGAAGAGAGGCUGAGUAGAGCCCGUGAAAGGGCGAGAAGGCGGCGACUUCAAAAAGACGAGGCCGACCGCCGCCUCCGCCAAGAGAGCGAGACUUCGGAACAGAGCGAGGCCAGUAGACCAUCAUCCCACUACUGCGGAAGUAAACGCACUUCCAUACCGGAUCACCGAGAGUACAUGCGGAUUAAAAUGCGCGAAUACAGGCGGCGGAAGAAGCUCGAAAUGGAGGCUGCGUCCCCGGAAGAGCGCGAGGCCUGGCGGGAACGUGAGCGCCGUCAGCGCGCUCUGAGACGGCGCCGACGGCGCUGCUUGGAAGAAUCCGAGACUCCCGAGCAGCGCGCCGCCAGAGAAAGGCUGAGGAAGAUGAGCGAAAGUCGAGCAAUCCGCAUGCAAACGGAGACGGCGGAGGAGCGCGAGGAGAGGCUGAGGAAGGUCCGCGAGUACCGGCGUAAAAGAGACUACGAGAAUCCCGAGCAGUGCGCCGCAAGGCGGAAGAGGGCUCUCGAGUACCAACUGAGUCGCCUGGCAAAGGAGACGCCGGAAGAGCACAGAGAAAGGCUGAGGAAGAUGAGCGAAAGUCGAGCAAUCCGCAUGCAAACGGAGACGGCGGAGGAGCGCGAGGAGAGGUUGAGGAAGGUCCGCGAGUACCAGCGUAAAAGAUACUACGAGAAUCCCGAGCAGUGCACCGCAAGGCGGAAGAGGGCUCUCGAGUACCAACUGAAUCGCCUGGCAAAGGAGACGCCGGAAGAGCACAGAGAAAGGCUGAGGAAGAUGCGCGAACGUCGAGAACUUCGCAAGCGAACGGAGGAGGAGCGCGGGGUCGCACGCGGCAAGAGAGAGAAGAGCGUGGAAGAAAAAGAAGAGCAAGAUGAUAAUGAAGAGCUGCCUGCUGAGCCCUGCAGCGGGGCGUUGGGGAGCAAUGAAUGAGACAACCAUGAAUGAGACAACCAUGAAUGAGACAACAAUGAAUGAGACAACCACGAAUGAGACAACCAUGAAUGAGACUACCAUGAAUGAGACAACCGAACACCAAAGCAGGAGUACUGAGUGAUCUCCUGCAAGUCGCAUCCACCUGGCGAGGAUGUCGGCGCCUGCUGAGUGGGUCCUUAUCGUCAAUAUCGGGCUGGAUGGAUAAAGGCACACAAUACUGAAACCCCGGGGGUGUCAGACGGGACGGCUGACUGGCCUUGACAGGCCGCCAUAUCCAUAUACUCGUCGGGGACCGCAGUGCAUGUGCAGACAAGAAGUGCACCCGUACUUAAAAUUCAGCUUCUGCUGAUUUUCUCUGUGAUAUAUCAUGAAACUAAAGGAGC